AUGAUGGGCGUUGCAAGGUGGCGUGUUGCGCACCUUAGUGAUAUUCCCUAUGUGUUGAACGUCCAGCAUCUGGAAGGUGGUGCAGACAACUCAGCUACCGAGCUCGCGCUGGCCAGGACCAUGAGUACAUCCAUUGCCAAAUUCGUAAACAGCGGCAAUCCUGAAGGUUAUAUUAAUGGCGUUGAGACAUGGCCUGCUGCCUUCUUUGAUGUUACAAAGGAGAAUUUGCAGAAUGAUUUCCCGGCAAAGCUUUCGUUGCAAAUCUUUGGUGGCCCCUAUGGCACCGCGCCAGUGACUAUUGCUGAAGGCCGUCAGCAUGAUGCUAAAAAUGCUAUUGAGGACGCGGUGUACUGGGAGAAUCUGGCGUUAUAA